AUCGCUUGGACUCGAUCCGGGUUAGGCCGUAAUCCUUUCUCGGAAAGGAUGUAUCCCAGAUAAGGCAAUUCGUGACAGCAGAAUUUUGAUUUCUCCAGAUUGAUGAAGAGGUUUGCCUCUUUCAAUCUUCGCGCUAAUUCCCUCAACUUCGCGAUAUGUUCCUCAAAAGUGUGGCUCGCCACCACUAUAUCGUCGAGGUACACGAAUAUAGCGGGCUCAAGUUCGCCAUGUCCUAAGACCCUGUCCAUGAGUUUACUCAGAGUUGCCGGGCUAUUUACUAGUCCGAAAGGCAACCUGGUAAACUGAAAAAGACCUUUCCCCGGUACCGAGAAAGCAGUAAAUCUUCUCGAUGCACGGUUCAACGGUACUUGCAGGAAAGCCUGCGAAAGGUCAAUGGUUGUUAAGAACCUGAAUGGACCAAGUUGGCUGAGAAUGCGAUUUUGAUGUGGGAGAGGAUAUGCAUCUCUCUUUGUUCGCUCAUUCAGCUUUCGAGCAUCGAGACACAGCCGCACAUCAUCGCUAUCGCGCUUUUUAACGGGUACGACAGGUAAAGCCCAAUCCGAGUUCGAAGGUUCGACCACUCCGUCCCUGAUCAUAUUAUCCAAUGCACGGUGGAUCUUUUUCUGGAUCUCAGGACUCCACGGGUACGGGUUCUUUCGAACAGGAUCGGCCUUCACAAACUCGUCCUUCAGCUCGAUGUGGUGCUCAAUGAGACCUGUUUUGCCCAGAUGGCCUGGACUCGCUGGGAGAAACAAACUUUUCACUUCUUCCAGCUGCCUCAUUUGAUCCUCGCUCAACUCACUCAUCUUUUCCAACGGUUCUCUUUCAGCUUCCUCGAUCGCAUCGAUAUGUUGAGAUACCGUAGGACGGAUCCCGAAAGCCUGCCAGAAAUCGUAGCCGAGAAUGCAGCGACGACUCAGAUUUGGAGCGACCAGAACUGGUAUCGUGUUCACAUUGGCUGCCAGCAUCGCGAUCCUACAGUCUUCACGCGUGUUCCGGAAAAGGACGUCAAACUUUCGCUUUUCGUCCCAAGGGCUCGACAUGCUGCGGAAGAUCCGGACCAUGUCCAAGUAAAAGUCCUGGAACUUCUCUCUGGGACCCUGCUUCCGGCUAUUCGCCUGCCGUUCAUAGACAUAGUCAAUGUCGACCGAUGGCUACGCAGUGUCCGCUCAGCUGCGCUACGAGAGACGUCCAGAGGAAUGUCCCUGAUUUUCAUCUCGUGCUCCAGCUCAUCGAGGGUGAGAUGCCCAGGAUUCAUCGCGUGGUACCACGCCACGAACUGGGGCAUAGCCAUCUCUUCGAAUGCCAUUCAACAAAGAAAAUCAGAAUAAAA